CAACCCUGCUUAGGUAACUGUCAGUCAAUCAACACAUUUUCUCUUCAUCCAAACUUUUCCAGCACAAUUUUCACGAUGACGGAACUAUCGCGUACCGCAAUUGUCGCUGGACUUGGCACUGCCGCUGUCGCAUUUCUCGGCUACUGCAUAUACUUCGAUCACAAGCGUCGCAGCGAUCCGGAAUACAAGAAAAAAGUCCGAGAACGCAGACGACGACAGAAGAAAGCCGGUGCCAAACGCACUCAAAUGCCAAAUUUGCAGGAUCACGAUGCAGUUCAAAGAUUCUUCUUGCAAGAGAUCCAAACGGGUGAAGCUAUGAUCGCUGCUGGCGAAGUCGAGACCGGAGUCGAGCAUUUGGCGAAUGCCGUCGUGGUGUGCGGACAACCAGCUCAGUUGCUACAAAUUUUGCAACAAACAUUGCCGGCACAAAUUUUCACGAUGCUUAUCCAACGAAUGAGAGUCAUGGGAAAUCCGUCAGAAUCGCAAGAGCCGCGUUUGGUUGAAGAAAUCACCGAUGACUUGGAAUAGAGAGUUUGACAACAACAAAAAAAAUAUUGAGUUUUAGUGUAGAUGGCUUGCCCGCAAUUGGAUUUGUCGUAUAUUUUCGAAUAAUAUAUUAAAAAUCACAUCUCGAUCAAGCAACUUCUUAAAUUCCUUAUUCUCCUUUGAAAAAUAUCAGAAAAUAAAUUAUUUACGCACAACACUCUCUGUUAACAAAAAAAAUAAAGAAAACGGAACUUUUAUCAGAAAAAAUUUCAUUUUCGGAAAUUUUUUAGUUUUAAAAAUUACAAAAUCGUUAGAGUUAGGAUUAAUUGAACGUUUCUCGUUAACAGUUGUAGUUGUUGUUGUUGUAAUUGAUGAUGAA